AAGUUGUAGCAAAAGAGUUCAUAGAUACCCAAAGCAACAUGGACGAUAUCUCUUUUUGAAAUGCUAAGAAGAUCAGAUCGACUCAGGUUCUUUCUUCCACAGAUUCCAGAUUCCCAGAAAACUGCCUUAUAAGGAGUGCCUGUGUUGCAAACUCACCACCAGGAUGAGGUUGAAGCAGCUCCUAAUUAGCUUUCCUGUCGAGAAGAUACUCUGGUACUAGCUUUCUACUAGCUUUCAGGGAAGCUAUUAUUGAAGCAAAUCAGAUUUUCAGAAGAUCAGACUUUGCGGUACAGGUUUUGUGAGCAGGAAAUGUAUCAUCUUAACCAUGGAGGAAACAGCCUCAUUUCAUACAGGACAUCAUUUCCUGCAGAAAGAAAUUUGUUUCUUGCAGCAGAAACUUGUCCAGGAGACUCAGGUUUGGUUCUCUCAACUGACGCAAAGCCUAGACUAAAAUGGACUCCUGAGCUCCAUGAGCGCUUUGUGGAAGCAGUGAAUCAACUUGGUGGACCUGAGAAGGCUACACCAAAAACAGUCAUGAGGCUUAUGGACAUCCCAGGACUCACUUUAUAUCACCUUAAAAGCCAUCUUCAGAAAUACAGGCUCAGCAAGAAUCUCCAUGUUCAAGCUAAUGGCGCCGGCUGGGCCAUGAGAAAUGUGAUAGGUCCUAUCGCUGCACCAGACAGAACAACCGAAGGUAGUGUGUCCACAGUAAACAAAAUGAAUGCUGGCUCCCAUGGCAGCAAACCGGUGAAGAUAAGUGAGGCACUUCAGAUGCAAAUAGAGGUGCAAAGACGAUUGAAUGAGCAAAUUGAGGUGCAACGACAUUUGCAAAUGCGAAUAGAAGCCCAGGGAAAGUACUUACAAUCAGUGCUAGAAAAAGCUGAAAUAACUCUUGGGAAGCAGAACUUGGGCACUGUGGGCAUUGAAGCUACCAAAAUACAGGUCUCUGAGCUUGUCUCAAAGGCUUCAAAGGAAUGUACAAAUGCAUUUACAGGCUUAGAGGAAAUUCCUGAUCUGCAUAGCUUCCAUGGAAAUGCAGCCCAGUUUGCUGACUGCUCCGUUGAUAGCUGCUUGACCACAUGUGAAGGAUCCAAUAUGAUUCUGAGAGCUUACCAUGGCAACUUAUCACCAAGCACAGCAAAAAUGGAGAAGAAUUCAAGACUUGAACAGAUCCAAUCCACCUGGUGUGGAGAGUUUUUGAAUGGUCACAGAAUUUUUUCCCAAACUAUGGUGAAAGACUCAGGCCAUGGUGGUUUGCCAGUGGAAAGAGACUCCAUUCAAAAAGAGACUGCAAAAGGAAGCAACAUGACCAAAGCUUGCCAUGGGGAAAGGGAGGAUCAGGAAGCUUAUCUUGAACAACCAGGUAAUAGAAGAUCUUCGUUCAAACAAAGAAACCCAAAGAUGUUCAAUAAUUAUGGACUAACUUGUGCUAGGAGACAACUGGAUCUAAAUGUUCAAGAUGCCAACAACCUUACUGCUCCAGAUUACAAAGAGUUUGAUCUCAACUGUUUCAGCUGGAGCUAGCACUUUGACAGAACUAGUAUUCUAAGCUAACAGCAUUUUAUUAUCUCCUACGCAGAGGUAACUAAAUGCUCCCUCCAGUUUACUGUUUAAACAUAUAGGAAAUAAAGAAGGAUCAGUUUUAGUAUCUCACGUUUGCAGGCCAAUAAUUGAGCUCAGUGGUAACUUAUGAGCAUGGAAAUGGUGAUUCAAAGCCAUUUUCGUUGGUAGAACUGAGCAAAUUUGUAUAAAUGAGUUUACAAAGAAUUUAUGAGGAAAUACAGUUAUUCA